AUGAUCGACCGGACGUCACGAUGGGUGGAAGCAGCGGUGGUCCCCGACAAGUCUGCCCAUUGGGCGGCAGCGACAUUUGUUCGGCGAUGGGUUACACGAUACGGAGUACCCAAACAACGACACCUUCGAAAGCAUUACGAACGCAUACGGGGAGAAAGCAUGAGAGGCGAAGAAGAGUCGCACCAUACAACGCUGGGUAUGACGCCAGGGAGGUGGCUAUUCGGAGUAGAACCCACAAUACCGGAGGAACGGGAGCUCGUAGGCACCCUGAGGAGUCCAAACUUACAACGAAUAGAAUGGUUGGCGAAGACCAGGGAGGAGACGAUCGAGCGGAUGCAGGCAGAAGCCCAACAGCGGGCCGACCGACGAAAUGAGCGACGGAGAGGAGGACACCUAGAAAAGGGAGACCUCGUACUCGUAAGAGACCCAACCAUACACGAACGAGGGUGGGGAUUCCCCCACCGAGUAGUUAAGGUUAGUAAGGCAGGACAUGGGGCACACGGAGAGGACAUAGUUACGGGAUACAGGGAACACCGGCACGCAGGAGUAUUAAGAAGGGUGACAGCACCCUCGACGAACAUCAGUUGGGCGGGUGGGUGGAAGAGUGCCGAAGAGGAGGAAUACAAAUCGACAGAGACGACCUACGACGAAGACUGGGGCAACAACCUGAGUAUUACGAAUUAA